GAGGUAUCCAGUAAGCGGAAUGCGAUGGCUUAAGGUGGCAGCCUGAUCCAAGGCCCCGACUUUUUGGUUGGCUAUGAGGCCGCUGAUCGCCGCCGCUUGCGCCAGCUUGGCUCACGCCCAGGCGCCACACUUGCUGCUGGCGGACAAUGGAAUGCACAGCUUCAUGACGGAGUCCACGUCCUACUGCUAUCGCCAUCUCCUGGCGGACCCGCUCUGCUGCAAGGACCAAAGAGUGCCUGGUGGAGUGAGGCACCAGGAGAUCGUGAGGGAGGGCGGCAGCUGGACUUGUGGAGAUGGCUGCGCAGACGAGCUGAAGGGGGAGCGAGGGAAGGACCUCCUUUGGUGGCCUCAGGCCGCAGACUGCAGCUCGCCCAGGGUGCUGUUUGUGCAUGGCGGCGGCUGGCAACGGCAUGGGCCCGGCCAGGCGUCCUACAACGUGCUGGCAGCCAACUUGGCAGAGGUCUCGCGCGCCGCGAUCUUGGUGCCCGACUAUGUGCUUGUGCCGAUGGGGAACUACCUGUCCAUUAUCGGUUACCUCUUCGAUGCCUGGAGCUGGCUGGCGAAGCACGGCCCGGCAGGCGAGGAUUGCAGCCACGCACCGCAGCCGCCGCUCUUCCUCGCAGGGGACUCUUCGGGCGCUGCCUCCGCGCUGUCCUUGCUACUGCGCCUCCGAGAUGAGGCCGCCGCGCCCAAAGCUGCCGGCUUCUUCGCCUUUAGCCCCUGGCUGAACCUGGCCUGCGACUCCCCCACGUACUAUAGCAACGCCUUUUCGCUGGUGGACGACAUCAGCGGCAAGGUGAUCGUGGGGGACAUCCUCUUCCGUGGCGCGCCCGCGAAUGUCUCUGGGUCGCUUCGGCAGCUGGCCAUGAAGUACUUUCAGGGGGACCAGACAAGGCUGAGGGAUCCUUCCUUCUCGCCCUUUCAUGCCGACGAGGUGCACCUGGACAGCCUGCCGCCACUGUACCUGGCGGUCUCAGGCACUGAGGUUCUGGGAGGAGAUGGGAUCAUCUUCGCCCAAAGGGCGGCCUGGCGGGGCGUCCGGGUGUACUUGGACAUUUUUCCCGGCAUGUGGCAUGGCUUCCACCAGUACAUCGAAGGCAGGUGCUUCCAUGGAGAGCACGGACAAGGCUGCGGCUCCGGCACGGAGCUUUGGCAGGGCAGCGCCGCAGUGAGCCACGCGGGGGACUUUGUGAUGAAAGUGACGGAGUUUGUGAGGUCCAGUGAUUCCGGGCAGCUUCCCCAAAGCGGCGAGAGAUUGCCGAGGACCAACGUCUACUACCCGCACCCCGAGGGCAAGGAGCCCUGGAGUUUCGUAGGCGAGUUGGACCUGGGCUUCAUCCACCAGGCCUUCCAACCUGGACAGCCAGCGUCACGCGCAGCACCGAACCCACAGCUGUCCUUGGUGGCACCAAGGGCACUGCCCCAGGACGUCAUCAUCGAUUGUCCUAAGGCCACCGUGUUAGGCGCCAUCAUGGCCGGGAUGCUCUCGGGCAGCAUCUUCACACUCCUCUCAGGGCUCUGCGGAGCCUGGUUCCUCUCCAGGAGAGCGCACGGCGAGCUCCCGGAGUUUCUGCCAGACUUCCUGAAGCACCCCUUCGAGAACUACCAAGAUGAGCAGUCGCCCACUCGACCUCUUCGAAGACCUUGAGCCAAGCGCUGUCUGCUUUUUUGGCGAGCGAUUCCACCGAUUCCGGGGGGGA